AUGCCGAAACCAUCAUAUAUCCAAGCUGAAGAAUUACGAGACAUAAUUAAGGAUAAAACCAAGAUUCCGGGAAAAGAUUAUUUGGUUGUUGAUGUUCGAGAUGAUGAUUAUCAGGGAGGAAAUAUACCAAACUGCAUCAACAGACCAUCUGAUAAUUUUGAAAAUAGCCUCGAUGCUUUGAUAUCUGAAUACAGUCAAGGUAUCGGUAUUAUUCCUAAUAGGGCCAAGCCUGGCGCGUACUAUUAA